UACAUACAUCAGAUUUCGGUGCCUCUUUAGUCGUGUGAGUGAGGUGGUACGUUGAUCUAAGAUUCUCCUUUUUUUCUUUGUUUCUAGGGAAGGGUCCCUUUUUGUCCAACACCUCUCAUUUUCUUUCACUCCUUUUCACACUCCGCUGUUCUCCAAUGUUCCUGCGUUAAACCCUAGUAUUUCUCACUUCUACACUCCCACAAACACCAAUCACCAUAGCAGCAUUUGCGAAAUAUGGGUCAUUCUGACAACAAUUUUCUCCAAGUCAUCGCCAAGAACUUCGAUGUUCUUGCUCUGCCCUUGGUCACCCUUGUUUACCCCUUAUAUGCUUCAAUCAAGGCCAUAGAGACCAGGUCCAUCACUGAUGACCAACAAUGGCUCACUUAUUGGGUUCUAUACUCUAUGAUCACACUCUUUGAGCUCACAUUUGCCAAAGUUCUUGAAGUGCUUGCAAUUUGGCCAUAUGCCAAGUUGAUACUGAGUUGCUGGUUGGUUCUUCCACACUUUAAUGGGGCGGCACAUGUUUAUAGGUACUACGUUAGACCAUUCUACAUGAACCCACAAAUGCCACAAUUGCCACUGUUGCCCCAAAUGCCACAAAUGCCAGGAACUUCUCAUAUGUGGUAUGUUCCUCGGAAGAACAUAUUUAGCAAGCGGGAUGAUGUUCUUUAUGCUGCUGAGAGAUACAUGGAAGAACAUGGAACAGAAGAGUUUCAAAGACUCAUAACCAAGGCUGACAGAGAAGCUAGAUCAAGGAGGAGUGGCAAUCACAUGAUAUUUGAUGAUGAUUAUAGAUAUUAGGUUUAUUAACCCAUAAACUACUCUGCAUUGGCACUUUAACUUUUGUUUAUAAUGGUAUGACUUAUGAAUUCAGGCAUUCUUGGACAUUUCUUUUUCA